CUCGAAUGUCAGCAUCUUCUUUCUUCGUUCUUUCUUUCCACAACCUGAUCGGAAUUAUCGCGUCACGGUUAAUGUCAGUAUCGCGCCUUGAAAUUGCAACAUGGGAUCGAAAAGCCCCGAAGGCCACCGGCAGACUCCUGAUGCCUCCAAUUCCUCCGAGCUCAAGCCUGCCAAUCCCAACCCCAAGCCCGCCCGCAAUGGCUCCCAGUCGGCCGAUCUGGACGGCGGAAAUCUCGACGAUGAUGAUGACGAUGACGGUGAAGCGAACGAAGAAGCGGGGGUGAAGACCUCCGCUGACAGUACUGAUAAGAAAAAGAAACGCAAGAGGUCCAAGAAGAAGACCAAAAAAGGAACCCUGCCACUCAAGCAGUCGAACCCUCCCCGUGUGCUGGUUUCGUCCCUCUUCCCGUCUGGAUAUCCCAUUGGGGAGUGCGUCCCUUACCAGGAUGAUAACACCUCUCGCACUACGGACGAGGAAUUGCGUUACAAUUCACGUCUUUGGGAUAAGGGCUUUCUCGACGAGUACCGUCAAGCCGCCGAGAUCCAUCGUCAGGUUCGCCAGUAUGCCCAGAAUGAGCUCAUCAAACCUGGCGCAAGUCUCACUACAAUUGCUGAGGGUAUUGAGGACGGGGUCCGCGCUUUGUCCGGCCACCAGGGUCUUGAACCCGGAGACGGUUUCAAGGCGGGAAUGGGAUUUCCCACUGGGUUGUGCUUGAACAAUGUUGCAGCCCAUUGGACGCCGAACCCGGGUGCCAAGGAUGUCUUUUUAGAUAAAAGUGAUGUGCUCAAAGUCGAUUUUGGCGUCCAUGUCAAUGGCCGUAUUGUGGACUCAGCUUUCACUGUGGCUUUUGACCACACAUACGACAACCUUCUGACAGCUGUGAAGGAGGCGACUAAUACUGGCAUCAUGCAUGCUGGCAUUGAUGCCAGAGUGAGUGAAAUCGGCGCAGCGAUCCAGGAAGUCAUGGAAAGCUACGAGGUCGAAAUCGCCGGAAAGACCCACCCUGUGAAAGCCAUCCGGAAUAUUACCGGGCAUGAUAUCCUUCGGUAUAAUAUUCAUGGUGGUAAACAAGUCCCGUUCAUUAAGAACGACAGGCCGGACAAGAUGGAGGAAGGUGAAGUCUUCGCCAUCGAAACAUUUGGAAGUACCGGCAGGGGAGUUCUCCAUGAUGAUGUGGGAGUCUAUGGCUACGGAAGGAACACCGAUGUCUCCGGUGCAAACCUGCGUCUUUCCUCUGCCAAGAAUCUUCUUAAGACUAUCGACGCUAAUUUUGGAAGCCUUGUCUUCUGCCGUCGGUAUCUUGAGCGUCUCGGUGUGGAAAAAUACCAUCUCGGGAUGAGACAUUUGAUCGAUAACGGCAUCGUCGAAUAUUACGAGCCAUUGGUCGAUGUGAAGGGCUCAUACACGGCCCAGUUUGAACACACCAUCCUGCUCCACAAUGGUGGAAAGGAAGUGAUCAGUCGUGGCGAUGACUACUAAGCAUUGGCCUCAGCUGAAGCCGAAGCGUUGCCGUGACUAAUUGAGGCCAUGGUUCGGCUUACCUGUUGACUGAUUUCCACAUUGCCGUGUGGAAUUGCUAUCUGCUACCGUACAGCCUGCUCUCCGUCAUAAGGAAGCAUUGGUGCACUCUUCAGGAUGUCAUCGACACUCCGAAGCUCCAAGUGUACAUGUUUAGUUGUGACAUGUCUCUCAUUACAGGCCCAUAUUAUCUUACUCUCUAGAUUCUGAACAAAUCUGUUAAGAGCACCAUAUUAUUCCUGUUAUCCUGGCUGUUUUCAUCAGUCGUAAAUCUUCCC